AUGCCAUGUUCAACCCCAUCAUCGCAUUCCCUGCUUUCGUCUCCUAACUCUCAAUUGCAUGCGCCAGGCCGUGAGAACGGUGGGCGGCGUGGCGUUGGGUCCGCGCUGACGACCCCAAUCCAACAACCUUAUAACGACCCUUACGACGCCAACGAACCCGUUACGCCCACACCCGCGCAGCGCCAGCAGCAGCGUCCUGUACGAAGAACACAUUUAGAAGCUGCCUCAGCCGGCAUCUCCCCACCUCCACAACUUCGAUUUGCACAGCACCAAGGCAGCGAACAACAGCUCACUAAUGAUUUCGACGAGGAUCUUGCGACUUCAACUCCUGUAGCUUCCAGUUCCCUACGCCACUCUCCCCAAGCUGAGAGACGCCCUCAUCGCGCGCUCCGGAUAUCAAAAAACACUUCGAGUGCUAUCCUUUUUACUCUCGAAGAGGCAUUACGACACCCACAUCCUUUCACGCCCGAUCUGGUUGAGGAGAACGCCCAGAUGUCAGACCUGACUGGUGGGGGUCCUUUAGCACCCGCUGGCAAUGGGCGCGGUAACCAUGGCGGCUUUAGAGGUCAGGAUGUUCCUGGCACUGGCUCGCCCAGCGGGAUCAAGGGUCCGAGUGUUAUAAUGCGCGAGCGACAAGCUAGGGAGGCAAGAAAGCGAGCAGCGCAAGAGGAAAAAGAGGCAAUGGAGAGAGCGAGAGCUGAUGAAGAAGCUCUGAUUAUUCAGGAGACUACCCGCAGAAACGCAGAGAGGCGAGCGGCAACUGCUGGCGCUGCACCACAAAGAGGAAGUGGAGAAGGUGGCCAGCGUGGAUCUGGUGGCACGACUGGUCAGAGAAUCUCGGAUAAUUCCCAGAGAUCAGAUAGGAGAUCAGGUGAUCGAGUAGUGAGUGGUGGUGAACCUGGUCGACAACAAGAGCAACCAUUGCAAGGUGUUGGGAGAGGAGGUCGCGCCGUUGGAGGAGGUGAGGCUUCAGCUUCGGCAAGACCACGUCCUGCGCAAUCACAACAACCCAGACCUGUUCAGCCCGAGCAGCAGCGACCCAGACCUGCUCAACCUCAAGCAGGACCUUCUGCAACUGGACCUUCAAAUGCACCCCCAGGUGAAUCAUCUGGUGCCCAACAAACUCGAUCUUCGUUUCCACAUGCUUUUGAACGCUGGGAAACUUUGUCUGCCCAUUGGGAGGGGCUCACCUCGUAUUGGAUCCGCCGAUUACAAGAGAACAGUCGAGAGAUUGACAGUGAUCCAUUAUCGCAACAACUUUCUCGACAAGUCACCGACCUUUCGGCUGCUGGUGCCAAUCUUUUCCAUGCUGUAGUCGAACUUCAACGGUUAAGAGCUUCUUCCGAGCGAAAGUUCCAGCGCUGGUUCUUCGAGACUCGGGCUGACAUAGAACGAGGACAAGAAAUCCAAGCCAUGUUGGAAGCAAGUCUCACGACCGAACGACAAGAGCGAGGAGCUGCCAUUGAGGCUGCCGUUCAACAGGAACGAGAAAAGCUCAACCUCGACAAACAACUGGCGGACAUGAAGCGUGAACUCGCCAUCUCAAAGGAAGAGGCAAAGAGAGCCUGGGAAGAAUUAGGUAGGCGAGAAGAAGCUGAACGGGCCAAGAUUACAUCGUUACGUGACGGCCAACCAACAUCAAUUGGAGGGGUACAAGUCGUUCCAAUGAUGCAGGGUAUGCCAAUGCGACAGGAUGUCACUCGGGAUAUACCACCAACCCGAGAAGGACCAUACACUGGCGGACCGAUUCCUGCAACCGAACCGGAAGGGCCACUUGAUAGUGAUAUGGCAUAUCAAGCAUACUCGCAGGCCCAACGCGCUGAACCUGCUGAUCCAUUCGUCGAGCAGAGUACAUCCCGAGCCAGUCGAGCAGCAGAGCAACAAGUCACUUCGCCUCCAACAACCUACGAAGGUUACUCGCAAGCUCCAGCAGUGCAACCAGCUUCUUCGUCUGCCUUCUACCAGCAGCAUCAAGGGACAUCUCUUCAUCCAAGUGAACGUGAUCCAACGUAUGAUCAAUCUGUGACUUCAGAAGGUGCGUUCAGCGAGGGAGAAUAUCAGAUUGACGAGCGAGGCCAAUGGAUUCUAGAUGCCAGAGGACAAAAAAUCCCUUAUCCAAUUCCAGGUUCUGACGAGGAUACAGACGAAUAUGACGAUGACCAGGACGAGCAGGAAUUAGCUAGGCGACAGCAAUAUCCACCCGUCUCAACGGGAGUUGAGUAUGGCCCCGGGUCAGCCGCUCCAUCAGGGGGAGCUCUAGCGCCAUCAUCUAUGCCGGCGACUUCAGGUGUUGAUUACAGCGGUGCUGGAUAUGGAAGUGAACCGUCGACGACGGAGUGGAGUGGGGUUCCGCGCCACCAUCACCCUACACGACUGAGCGAUGUCAUGGAGGAAGAUGAGCGUUCUCGUACCAGUGCGAGCCAGAUCAGCCGUCGGGAAUAA